AUGCUAAGACAUUCAGAGCACCUGGCACAGCUUAAAACUAAAUUGCAUUAUCUUACUGUAGGUUCAGAAAACUAUCUUGAACAGAAGCUGAGAACACCUCGUCGACGAUGUCAGCAGCCCAAAAUGCUGAAUAGCCCUGAGGAUAACAUGUACUAUAACCAAUUAAAUGGAGCUCUAGAAUAUCAAGGGAGCAAGAGGAAGCCAAGAAAACUUGGCCAAAUCAAAGUGCUUGACAGAGAGGAUGAAUAUUACAAAUCAUUGUCAGCUAUUGAAACCAUCCCUGAAGAUGACAACUCACUCAACUCUCCAUCUCCUACUUCUUCAAGAGGAGUGUCCUUUGCUCAGAGCUGAAUUUUGCCAUUUAUUCUCUGGUCUAAUGCUGGUAAGAAUAAGUGUGUAUAUUUAUCUGUGCUGAUUUAUCUUUGCUUAUGUGUGUAUUUACAUACACACCAUAAUAUGCACAUUAGAUUAUGAAACAAUUCUGGCUAAUGGAUCCUCUAGCAAAAUUAGAUCCUGUUUUGGUAGAAACAGGUUCACA